GCCUUUCGGGAGCGCAACGAAGUCCGACGAUGGCACGGAUUCGGUAGGUUGAAGUGGUGGUCCGCUUCCACAACCGUUCCAAUUUUGCCUACAUUGCAUCCACCACAGACCCCUGUGGCGCUUCCAAUCUUUGAUACUACAUGUCUGUGUUCCGCUCGCGUGCUUUCAUUGUCACUACGUACCCGACCACAAAGUUGCAAUGAAAACCAGCCCUCCCCCAGCGACAAUACCUGCUCCGACUAAUCCUACUCCGACUCCCUGGUUUGAGUCGUACGUAACGACCAGUCUCUGAUUUGACAACAUCUCCACAAGAUGCAUCUUCGCUCAUUGAACGAUCUCGACCACUCCGAGGGCACUGUGCAGCUGCACGACGCGUCCAAUGAAGGUCGUUUGAUUCUGCAUCCAACGCCGAAUCCUAACGAUCCCAACGACCCUCUCCGCUGGCCACGGUGGAAGAAGCACGUCUGCUUCGCCGCAGUUUGCGCCUUCACGUUCUUAACUAACUACGCUCUCGGUGGCCUGUCUCCGGCCUUUUACAACCUCAGCAUCGAGUUCAACAAGACACCAACAGAAACCAGCGCACUCUUGUUAUGGGUAAUCCUCGUGCUUGGUAUCUUCAACUUCUUCUGGGUGCCCGUGGCGAAUUACUUCGGCAAGCGGCCCGUCUUCGUCUUCGCCUCCCUCUUGCUCUGCGUGUGCUACCUGUGGGGUGCUGUUGCCCAAUCGUUCCAGUCGCUGCUCUGGAGUAAUAUCAUUGCAGCAUUUGCUGGAUCUUCCACCGAAGCCCUCGGCGCUGCCAUCGUCAAUGAUCUCUACUUUCUCCAUGAGCGUGGACACUACCUGAGCAUCUACAUGAACGCCAUCAGUGGUGGUAACACCAUCGGGCCGCUCAUCUGCGGCGCAGUGGUGACGAGCCUGUCCUGGCGUUGGCAUAAGUGGAUGGCCUUCAUUUUCACUGCGGUCAACUUCGUUGUGGUGCUGCUCUUCGUUCCCGAGACUCGCUACGACCGCGCCGAAUUGCAGAACCUGCCGCCAGCGUCGCGAAGCUCCGACUCGAUCCCGGCAUCUACGGAUGAAGAGGCCGUAACAGAGAUCACGGAUGACAAGAUCGUUACCACGAAGUCUAAGGAAAUGCCGCAGCACCCUGCGCUCCGCGGACAGCAGGUUCCGAAGAAGACUUGGAGACAGGAGCUCAGCCUCUGGUCCGGUGUACCAAAAGACGAGAAUCUCCUCACACUCUUCAUCCGGCCGUUCCCACUCAUCGUGUACCCGGCCGUCAUCUUCGCCUUCCUUGGCUACGCAGUCUCGCUAGCUUGGGUUGUGUCCAUCAACAUACUCAACUCGUUCGUACUUCAAGCACCGCCGUACAACUGGAAGCCAUCCAUCAACGGUCUGAUCAACAUCCCCGGCUUGCUUGGGAAUCUUUUCGGCGCUUGGGUUGGUGGCUGGGUGGUCGACCGCUACUCGGACUGGCGCAGCAAGAAGAACGGGGGUGUGUUCCAGCCGGAGACUCGUCUUCAUCUGCUUUGGAUUCCUGCCAUCAUCGUGCCUGCUGGCUUACUGGCUUUCGGUUACGGUGUUGCGAAGACGCUUCAUUGGACUUCACUGUUCUUCGGCUAUGGCAUGGUUGCUGUUGGCUUGACUGCAGUGCCUGUCGCGACGAUGACCUACGUGUCCGACUGCUAUCUACCCGUCAACGCGGACGCGCUCCUCCUCGUCAACGGCCUCAAGAACAUUGUCGCCUUUGGCUUCUUAUACGGUGUCGUACCAUGGGUGAUGGAAGUCGGCUACGCCGACUCAUUCGGAACCCAGGCCGGCAUCUACGUCUUAAUAAUGCUUCUGGCGGUCCCACUAAUCCUAUUCGGGCAGAAAUGGAGACACACGACUGCCAAAUGGAAGAUCAUCUUGUAAUAGGCGCACAAGCGGCC